UUAACAAAAUUAACAAAAUAGUUGAAUCUCAGUUUCAGUACAGUUACAAUGUGUGUUACGGAUUGCUGAACAACAUUUUUGAAUACAUGAACAAAGCAGUAGACUUUGACUGAAGUAGCAGCAGCCAGAAAACACUAUUCGUUGAACAAGAUGGAACGAGGAUUGUGUGCUCUUCUUUUCGGCUUCAUUUUACUCCAGUUAGCAGUUUCUUUAGAUGCAGCAGCUCGAUUUAUCAAAGUUCCUGCCGACAAAGUGUACGUAGUGAAAGGCCAAACUGCUAAGUUAGAGUGGGACUACCAUGCUGAUGAUAUCAACACAGAUUUUGAUUCUCGAUCACCAAGAUGGUAUUUCCAUAACUACAGUUAUAUGAUUGGGUAUGGUGAUGCAUUUGAUGGACGUAAAUUUAAGAUCGACACAAACACUUGUCCACCUCGAUUACGAAUACCUACAGUACGAGUGCGUGUGGAGGGUAAAGCUACUUUGGUCAUCACAAAUGUAACUCUGGCUGAUUCUGGUACAUAUGGAUGCAUAUUGUUUUUAUCCAGUGGUUCAGUCAGUUCGAUGCCAACAAGCCAAGCUCAACUGAUUAUUACAGAAACACCAUCGUUUAUAAAAAAGCCAAAUGCAACAACUAUAACCAUUGAACACAUAUACUUGAAUAUGAAUUGUACAGCGGUUGGUCACCCAACACCAAAUGUCACUUGGGUACAUGUUCAGCAAUUGUCUAAMGUUCUUAGAAAGGGUAUAGGAACUGCAAUUCUAAGCUUAAUCAACAUUCAAAGAAAUCAAAGUGGGACGUACGAGUGCCAUGCAUCCAAUAACCCAAAUGAGAAGCUGGUCAGAGCUAGAACUCUUCUUAUUGUAAAUUACAAGCCAACGAUUUCAAAACCAUCGUCGCCUGCUAACAUAAGUUCCUGGUCUGGUAACACCAUAACCCUGAGGUGCAAUCUUUCCAGCUCACUACCCAGUCCAACCUGGACAUGGUACAAGCCCAAUGGUAACCGUAUUACCAAUGUCCGUAAUAUUACUAAUGGUAGUGAGGUGACAGUCCUGACAGAAGAGAGUGGUGAUUAUGGGAUGUACACUUGUAGAGCAGCAAACAUUGUUGGUAGCGACUCAAUCAUUAUCAAUGUGCUACAACUUUUUCCACCGGGGUCUCCAAGCUUUAAUGUUACAGAUAUCGAAGCUUCUUCUGCUGUUGUACGGUGGGCAGAACUAGUUGACAAUGGUGGUAGCAAAGUGACUGGAUACAAAGUGGAAAUCGACUCUAAGACUUAUUACAACCCUUCAUGGAAACCUAAUAUUUUCGUCAUUCCUGGUCUCACCAAAAACAGAGUGUACGUUGUCAAAUUGUUCGCCAGAAAUGUUGCAGGUUAUGGGAAUGCCUCGAGUAAGACUUUUACCACUAAAAAAGCAGGACCACCAGCUUCACCUGUUUUGAAAAUAAUUGGAGUAAGUCCUACAACAGUGACAUUAAGUUGGUCAAAACCAGAAGAAAAUGGAGGUGAAAUAGAAUACUACACAAUCUACAAGAAACCUGUUGGUGAUGAGAAAUGGUCGCAGGUUGGUACACUUUCAGGUGAACCGCUCACAUACACGGUAAAAGACCUUCUUCCAGGCAAGACGUACAGUUUUGAUGUCACUGCGAAAAAUAAAGAUGGAAGCAGCUUAAUGGGUGUUAAUGCGAUAACCGUGACAUUACCUGUUGAAACCACUACUCCUCACCCCUCAACAAGUGCUAUUGCAUCAACAUCAAGAAGUAGUUCAAGGCUCCACCCGUGUGAAGAAUGCAAUUGCUCUACAAAAGUUGCUGUUUUGGCAGCAUUCCUUGCACUCUCAGUACUUAUCAUCAUGCUGCUUGUAGUUUUCAUCGCAAGGAAACUUAGGACUAAUAAACGGAAAAAUGACAAUAAAGAAGAAGCAAUUUACUAUAAUGCUCAUGCCCUGGGAAUGACAUCUUUGCCUCAAACAGUGAAUCAGUCAAGUGCURGGACCAGGGAUCCAAAUCAAGAGCAUUAUCAGCAACUUAACCCUCGCACCCUGCAAAGCCCUGCUGAUGCCGUACCAACAUACGAACCAGUACGAAGCGUUGGCGCUGGCGAACGUAAUGAUCAGCACACUUACCAAGCCUUACGUAAUCGCCCAAGUGUUUACCAGAGCCUGCAAACAUACGCUAAUGUAACCACUGCUUGAUGCAAUUAAUAAUGCACUAAUGCACAAUAAUGUUACAUUUAUGAUUGUAAAUAUAAUCUCCAAUAGUCUAACUAAAAGUGGUCGGAACUUAUUUUGAUUACUUGUCGUGUGGCAUUUACGUUAUUGUCAUAAAUGUAUAAA